GCCCUUCACCUCACCACCCACCACCGGCCGCUGCUUCCUCAUCCUCAGCGCCCACGGCACAUCUUCAACUGCGACCCAAACUACAGCGGCACAGCGGACUUAAACGAGGACUUUCCCCGUGUAAAAUGUGGACUACCGAGCGACAGAGUAGACAGUGAAGCGCCACCUGUGUCGGGCGGGGAAAUGCAGGACGAAACCGGCAAAGCAGCAGCCGGGAGCCCCGCAAACACCGUGCAGAAUUCGCUACAUUUGAACGGACAUACUGUCACUGAAAAUGGCCACAACCAAACAGUUACACCUGCACCACAGCCGCAGUCUGAAUCGCCACCCCGGGGCUCCACUCCAACUAUGACCAUCCCAAGGGAGCAGUGGGGUGGGAAGUACGAGUUCCUGCUGCCCUGUAUUGGAUACUGCGUGGGAUUGGGGAACGUGUGGCGCUUCCCGUACCUUUGUUACCGCAAUGGAGGAGGUGUGUUUCUCAUCCCCUACUUCAUUAUGCUGUUUGUUACGGGCGUCCCACUCUUCCUCAUGGAGCUGAGUUUAGGACAGUAUGGAGCAGCUGGCCCCAUCACCGUGUGGAAAUGCUGCCCUCUGCUCAAAGGUAUCGGCAUCGGGAUGUUGUGUGUGUCCACGCUGGUGUGUCUCUAUUAUAACGUCAUUAUAGCGUGGACGUUUUACUACCUGGGCAGCUCGUUCCAGAGCCCUCUGCCUUGGUCCUGUGAUGCUAUAUCCAAUGCUGCUCUCUGUGGUAAUGGCACCUCUGUCAAUAGCUCCACUGGUAAAGUCCUCAGCCCCACAGAGCACUUCUGGAAUGAGCAAGUAUUGGGUGUUGUAAACAGUAAGGGCCUUAAUGACCCGGGCCCUAUCCGGUGGCAACUGGCCCUCUGCCUCCUGGCAGCCUGGAUCAUCAUCUUCCUGUGUAUGCUCAAGGGCAUCCGCAGCUCUGGCAAGGUGGUUUAUGUAACAGCUACCUUCCCAUACUUUGUCCUCAUUGUUUUGAUCAUCAGAGGUGCCACACUGGAGGGCUCUCUUCAGGGUAUAACUUUCUACCUCACACCACAGUGGAGCCGAUUAGCCAAUGCACAGGUGUGGAACGAUGCAGCCUCACAGAUCUUCUACUCAUUAGGUAUUGGAGUUGGAGGUCUGCUUUCUAUGGCCUCUUAUAAUAAGUUCGACAACAACGUCAUCAGGGACACUAUAAUUAUCACAAUAGGAAACUGCAGUACCAGCUUCUUUGCAGGAUUUGCCAUUUUCUCAAUUCUGGGUCACAUGGCAUGGAGGAAGGGAGUGCCUGUUGACAAGGUGGCAGAUACAGGUCCUGGUUUGGCCUUCGUUGCUUACCCAGAAGCGCUUGCUCUGCUGCCAGGCUCCGUGUUCUGGUCAAUUCUCUUCUUCCUCAUGCUCUUCAUGCUGGGGGUAGAUACACUGUUUGGCAACAUGGAGGGCAUCACUACUGCCGUGCUGGAUGAGUUUCCGCAGCUCAGAGGGAACGCGUUGCACAAGUCCUUGUUCCUGGGUGCUUUGUGCUUUUGCUUCUACCUGAUGGGUCUCCUGUUAGUCACUGAUGGAGGGAUUUACUGGUUCACUCUCAUUGACUCCUUCAGCACUAGUUUCGGCCUCAUCAUCAUCACCCUCUUCAUGUGCAUUGGCAUCUCCUUCUUCUAUGGAGUCAACCAGUUUUGUCAAGACAUCAUCGACAUGAUUUGCCACUGCCCUCCCUGGUGCACCAAAUUGCUGAUUUACUUCAAAGCAUGCUGGGUCUUCUUCACGCCAUUUCUUCUGCUGUUCAUCUUGACCUACAUCUUCAUUGAGAUGUACAACACACCACUGCGCUACGGCUCCUAUGUGUAUCCGCGGUGGGGCAAAGCGUUGGGCGUGUGCAUGGGUGCGACCUGCUGUCUACAGAUCCUCAUCUGGGCCAUUGUAGCCAUCAGCAAGGAAACUGGAACACUGAAAGAUCGUUUCCAGAAAUCAAUUCGACCUCUGAAUUCCUGGAGGGUAAACUUGAACAGUGCUGAGAGAGCGGAGGAGCAUGUGGAGGGUCCAUUCACUGUCACUCUCACAGACAUGGACUUUACUGCGAGGAGGUGGGAGAUGGGAAGCCAGGCGUGACAGUAUGGAGAGCAGCAGAAAACACAAAAGAGUAGAGCAAACUAUGUCGUCAAGCAACAAAGGAAUUUAUUAUGUAAUUCGCUCCAGCGAGGUUCUGGUGGCUGAACAGACUGUGGGUCCUGCAGGGCAGUGUGUAUUAAUGGUUUUAUUUAUACUGUAAUGUCUGUUUUAAACCAUGUAUGUUUUUUUAAGGUUUUUUUUACAUUGUGUAGAAUAUAAAAGUUACAAUGAAUCAUGUUCACCUAAGGUAGCA